AUGGCAAACGUGGAGCUUGCCGUGAAGUCUGGAGCUCAGCUAGACGUCUACUUCAUGAAAGGCCAGGUGGGCAAGUGCAAGGUGGAAAGCUUCGACACAGCUGGAAGCGAGCACCUUCGUCUCGAUGGCCUCUCUCGCGAGCGCUGUGAGGACAGCUCCUCCCGCUACGGCAAAGAAGUUGACCGCUUGUUCCUCGCCUGGCUUCCCAAAGAAGAUGCGGAGUUCCUGGAAGCUUCGGACGGCCUCGGGAACUCGCAAAAAGCUGAGGUGGCCUGGCUCGAGCGGAAGGGCUACAGCUACCACGGGGUCGACGUCGCCACGUGGCUCGCAGAGGACGGCAGCGAAGGCCAUGGCGUCGAGUCCAAGCCACAAAGGGCAAACGCAACACCUUGGGCGCUUCCGCACGAAAUCCCAGCAGCUGCCGUAUCAGAUCUCAGCCAGGCUGUUGGCGCUCCUGCGGCCCCAGACCAGUUAGAGUAG